AUUUAUUGUCACUCCUACCUUAUCUAAUAACUACCAUUGAAAUUCAUGAAAAUGUUCUCCCGCUUCUUCACCCCAAUCCUCCGCUCCCGGAUCCCCAUCACUCAGCGGGCCUCCCUGUCCACCUCCACUGCCAGAUGGAGCCAGGACUCGUCAUCAUCCAGUGCUUAUAGGGAAGGAAUGGCCCGCUACAAACUCUUUGUGAGUCCCUUUGCCAAGGUCUUCCUCGGUGCCAUCUUCACCUAUCAAGUCAUCCACUGGACGUGGUUGAAGUUGGAGAUGGAUGAGUCUAAGGCGGAGAAGAAUAAGGAGGUAGAGGCGCUGGAGAAGAAGGCUAAGGAAUUGACCGGCGCGCAAAAAUAAGCGUUUCAUCGCCUCGUUCAAUUGGUUUAUUACUUGUG